AUGGCCAAACUUUCAGUCAUAGAUUUCUCCAAAGAGGACUGCUUGAAGCCAGGGAUAAGUUCUUGGCUCUCAAUCUACAACGAUGUAUGUCGUGCACUCGAAGAACUUGGUUGUUUUGAGGCAAUAAUGCCCAACGAUGUUUACUCGGAGCUUCAAAACAACAUCUUUGCUGCAGUGAAGGACUUGUUUGAUGCCCCUAGUGAGCUCAAACCCAAAAACCGAUACGAAGGAAAUCCCUACUGUGGCCAUUUCACUUAUAACAUAGUCAUGAAGGUUUGGGGUAAUAAUACAGAUGUGUAUGCAAAUGUGAUGCGUAAGCCAGAUCAAGCCGUGACGAUGAUGGUAUUUGAAAACUAUGGUGUAGAGAAGUUUGAAGUCAAGACAGAGUACGACCCGGCAAUCAUAGAGUCAACACCAAGGGAAAUGAUGAACCAAGACUCAAUUGGGUUGUUUGCUAUGAAGGUAGGGGAAACAAAUACACUUGAGGAACUUGUUGACGAAGAUAUAAAACAGUAA